AUGGCGGGGGACAGCGAGCAGAGGCUGGAGGAGCACGGGCAGCCCAGCGGCGGCGAGCCCUUCCUCAUCGGGGUCAGCGGCGGCACGGCCAGCGGCAAGUCCUCAGUAUGUUCCAAGAUCGUCCAGCUGCUGGGCCAGAACGAGGUGGACUACCGCCAGAAGCAGGUGGUGAUCGUGAGCCAAGACAGCUUCUACCGGGUCCUCACCUCAGAGCAGAAAUCCAAAGCGCUCAAAGGCCAGUUCAAUUUUGACCACCCAGAUGCCUUUGACAACGAGCUGAUCGUGAAAACGCUCAAAGAGAUCACGGAAGGGAAGACGGUCCAGAUUCCUGUCUAUGACUUUGUCUCCCACUCCAGGAAAGAGGAGACGGUGACUGUCUACCCUGCCGAUGUGGUGCUCUUCGAAGGCAUCCUGGCCUUCUACAGCCAGGAGGUGCGGGAUCUCUUCCGUAUGAAGCUCUUUGUGGACACGGACGCAGACACCCGGCUGUCCCGCAGAGUGCUACGAGACAUCAGUGAGCGAGGCAGGGACCUUGAGCAGAUCUUAUCUCAAUACAUCACCUUCGUCAAGCCUGCCUUCGAGGAGUUCUGUUUGCCAACGAAGAAGUAUGCUGACGUGAUCAUUCCCAGAGGAGCAGAUAAUGAAGUGGCCAUAAACCUGAUAGUGCAGCACAUCCAGGACAUUCUUAAUGGAGGACUCAGCAAACGCCAGAGCAAUGGCUACCUGAACGGCUACACUCCUCCCCGCCAGCGGCAGCCCUCAGAGUCCAGCAGCCGGCCUCACUGACCCCGGGCGGCAGGCGUGAGGCUGGGGGCGGAGGGCACUUGGGCCCUGCCACUGCCCCUCUGUACAUACUGUCCGUUCAUUCCCCCCUUAUCUAUUUAAGAAACCAGACGGAGAUGAAUGCCUUUAAUUUUGUAUGUUGGAAAUGCCGAAUGAGAAGCAGCCGGCUGCUCGGGAGCCUGGACCGCCCACAGCUCCUGGCCUUGCUCAAUAACUUCUCCAGCACGGAACCGGCUAUAAAUCUCUAUAAAUAUAGAAUUGCUCUAUUUUUGUGUAAAUGCAGAAUAGCGUAAAAUUACUUGCCAUAAGGUAUUUGCCAGGCUCAGUGUUGCUGGGAAGGGGCUGGGAAGAGGGUCCUGGGAGAUGUUGGUGUCAGGAUCCUCACCUCAAAGGCGGUAAGGAAGGAGGAGCAUUUGACAACUGC